AUGGAGCUGACGGGGGACUCCCUGCUCGCCUCGGGUGCAGGAGAGGGUGAUUACCAACAGCCCAGCGCUGUGCCAGCCUCCACUCCCAGGUCUCACGCUGAGCGUGCACAGCUCUCCAGAGGGACCUCCGUGCUCCGUUCCCCGGGGAGGGGGAAUGCAGCCCUGGGGGAAGGCAGGCUCCGGGGCGAGGGACUCCCCUACACCCGCCCGCAGAGGGACGGGGAGGAGGGUCCCUGCGCCCCGGCACCCAGCAGCAUCCCGGGGCGUGGAUGCCGGCACGGCGGCUCCCCGCUUACCCCGGGAUGUCGGUACCUCGCUUCCCCGCUCAUCCCUGCACGCCGCUGCUCCGGUUGCCCUCUCACCCCGGGUUGCCGUUGCCCCGAGUCCCCGACGCACCCCAGGCUGCUGAACCCUGCAAUGCCCGGGGGUUCUGGUACCCCGGGUACCCGGGUUGCCGGUGCCCCGGUCCCUGUGUUACCGAUCUUAAGGUCCUCGCCGCACCCCGGGAUGCCAGCGCCGCGGGUCCCCGGGAUGCCGGUGCCUGCCGCUCCCAGGGAUGCCGAUGCCGCGGGUCCCCACCCCGCCCCGGGAUGCCGCUGCCCUCGUCCCCGCCCGCCCCGGGUGCCGGUGCCGCGGUCCCCGCGCUGGCGGAGCCCGCAGCACCCCGCUGGCGAGCCCGGCCCCGCGCCGCCGCUCACCUGCCUCGGCGCCGCCCCCGCCGCAGCGAGCGCGCCCGGCGCGGAGCCCGAGCCCUGCGGGGCCGGCGGCGGCGGCGGCAGGAGCUCCGCGGGGCCGGGGGUCCCGCCCGCCGCCCUUCCCGGUGCCGCCCUCCGCCCGCCCGCCGGCGCCGCGGCGCGGGAGCAGGCGGGGAGAGCGCGGCUCCCGAUUCCCCGUUCCCAGUGCCCGGUUCCAGACCGUGGCUGCCUCUGCCUCCCGCCAGCCCCUGCCGAGCUCUGUAUAGGGGACAGGGCUGAGGAUGCCCGGGGAGAACGCACUGGACAAGACCAGCGAGCUGAAUUUGGUGAAACCGGCUGGCAGGUCGGCACAGCUCCGUGCGAGGCUGGCGGUGUCCCCGCCGAGCCACCACCACAGCUGUCACACGGAACCGAGCCGGGAAUCUGGAGCAGGCGAGGGUACCCCUGGCUUUCCUGA